AUGCGGAUCACCCCUGAGUUUCCCUACAACGGAGGAUGGGCGCACCCUCGUCUACCUUCGCUGCAUAGAGGCGCAGGUCUACCGCCCCUCGGGCCUUUUUAUCUCAAGAAGGUUUUCGUCUGGGUCCCUGAGUACCUUUGGGACGAGAUCGAGUACAUCCCCUGCCCGCAUUGCAAUAAGCGUGCCCAGCCGGACGGGUGGAACACUGAGCCACGCCGAGUGUUUCUGGAGGACGACGUUUGCUACCUGAUCGGAUACAGGUACCUCUGCAAGGGGUGCACUGAGGCAAACAAAGGCAGGCCGGAAGAUGAACGCACAACUCAGACGUUCAACGCUUGGGAUGCUGGGGUUUUGGCCACAAUGGAUGAUUAUGUGUCGAAAGAAUUCCCAUUCGUUUUGACCAAAAAAGCGGCGAUCAGCAAGAGCGUAGUUGACCGCUUAGCAGACGACCUCCUCGAGGGUACAGGUUUUGCGGCGGCUUCAAAAUCGCUUGCGAAUACGUAUCAUGCGAGGUACUUCAAUCAACUCCGGUCGUACGUGUCGCUAGCCAAUCGCUGUGUUUCUCGGCAUAAGGGGAUGUGGCCCAAUGUUGAUCUCGGCAUGAUCCCAAAGUUCUCCAGCAUUGGAGAUCCUUCGGGUUUUCACAGCAGCCCCCCCUCGGCUCACUACCUGGGAGACAUCUGGCACAAGGGGUUCUACGAAACCCCAGUGGUGCAGGCCGACGGGUGCUCGUGGACGCGUGAAGAGUAUCUGCAGCGUCGAGCUCAGCUCGUAGAUGGUUGUUCACUAGCAGGAGAUGCUUCCUUCAAGUACGCCAAGGUCAUCCGGUUGUCGGCUGGUGCAGACGGGACCCGCGCACGGCCUGUCCAUGGAAUUUUCACCAUCAUGAACGAGUACGACCAGGUUGUAUUUUCGAAGGCCAUGACCACUGCAUCUGUCCACGACCUCAAGAACGACCUGAAGAUGAUGUUCGUGAAACGCUUCCUCGGCCAUGGUUUCAAGCUCCCGGUCAUCUUCUAUUCCGACGAAUGCUGCGACGAUAGACAACUGCUGCUUACGAUGUUCAAGGAAAUAGAGUUGGAGACUGGGGCGCGCUUGUACGACACAGCUGAAGAGGCGGGAGGGGGUUCUCCAGGGGUUGAAGUGUUGCCCGCGCUGGAGUUCCCGCCGGGCAAGCGCGGCGAGUGUGUCUUUGACUUCAGACCUAACUCUAUCGCGCCGUCAGUCGUGGCCCUUAUUGACGGCUGCCAGCUGCAGGGGAACGUUUUGGGUCUAGAUUGUGAGUGGGAACCAUCCUUGGGCGGCACCACACCUAACCCUGUCUCAACCGUUCAGCUUUCGCUUCCUGAUGGCACGGCCUACUGCUUUCAACUUCAACGCGGAAACAAGAAAACGACUUCGUCGAACUUCCCGAAGGCCCUGCAAAACCUCUUGGAGAACCCUUCGAUUGCAAAGGUCGGCGUCAACAUCAAUUCGGACGCGACGUAUCUAGAGCGGGACUACGGGAUCGAAGUCGCGAACACGGUGGACCUGCGAACGUACGCAAGACAGUGUUGGGUGGAGACCCCGAGUCGGUCGCUUGCGGGUAUGGCGUCUUCUUUGCUCGGGAGACAAUUACCCAAGGAUCCGGUCAUCCGCUUGUCUCGCUGGAGUUCUCCCCUCAGUGACGACCAGGUACGACUCUACAGCAACAACCAUGCCAGCUGUGUUGGUGUUGGAGAAGUACAGGACGAUGACACCGCUGCCGAAGCCUUGGCUGGCUGGUUCCCUGGCGCACGGAGGAAAGGGCGUCUAACGCAAGUCGUAGUCGGGUUGAGCGGGGUGUUCAAGCCUGCAGCGUACACCGCACACAAAGGUGCACCUCGUGCGGCGUCUGGUGUGGGCCGCGUGACGAUGGAUGAGGCGUACAAAGGUGACCGGCUUGUACUUUGGGAUGUCGCCCAUGUUCGUCUCGUGAGCGACUGGAAACCAUCUCCUGCAGCAGCAGCACCUUCAUCGAAUGAGAACGCAAGUGAAGCUUACAACGACAACGCCCAGUUCUUCACGUCCCCGAGACCUCCGCACGUGGUACGCUUACAAGAUGAUGAAGACCCGGACGACGGCGAUGAGGAGGAAUAUGAUGGGCAUGACUGCGGCGACCUUGGUAGUUCCGCCCGCGGCGAUCACGGGCUCUGGGCAGGGGUCGAGGCCGGGGGCGGGGGGGGCGGAGCCGUCAACGGGACGGGCGGGGCCGGCAACGGGACGGGCGGAGCCGGCAGCGGGACGGGCGGAGCCGGCAGCGGGACAGGUGGAGCCGCCAGCGGCGGUGAUGUCGACAUGGAUGACUGGUUAGGUGACGAGCAGUGUGCGCUGCAGGUUCGCCUAGAUAUCUUCCACGCACUCCAGCGCAUUUCAAGGCUGUGCAAGAAGAGUCAUGGCGCCUUCAAGCCCUUCAUGGCUCGACUGAAAGACGCUUGCUUCAUUGUCAACCAGGAUGACAUCAAGGAGGUAGAGCAGGCCCUUGGGUCCAAAGGGAUGACACCAGAAGCCGUUGCUGAAUAUAAGGACAAGAGUUGGACCUAUUUCUUACGGAAUUGCCGGCGGCUGGUGCCGGAGCGGCAACGAUUGCUCGAGCGCUUCAAUUCGGUGAUUAAUCAGUUCUGCAACGUAGUCGAUGCGAAAUCCGGAGAAGUACUUAUUCUGCCGAAGGUAAUGCAGGCCGUCGACCAGCUCCGCAAGCACAUCGAAAGUGACCGCCUAAGCGACCCUCACGGUGUGCCAUUGUACUACACAACGGGGCAGAAUGCAGCGGGGAUCACGACUCGUCGCUGCGUCCGAGGCACCAACUGCACCGAGCAGACACUGGUAAGAAGAGCGGCCUUUCUCUGA